AUGUUCAAUAAAUAUAUAUAUCCAAAUGAUAUAUGUCUAUUAAAUAAUAAAAAAUUGAAUGAUUUAAAUGUAAAAAAUAUGCAACAAGAAAAUAAUGAUGAAAAUAAUUUGUUUGAAUAUAACAAAUUGAUAUUGUUACUAUGUUUAUUUGACAUAUAUAUAUUUAUUCAUUUUUUUUUUAAUAAUUCUCAAUUAUUUAGUGCAGUGAAGGGUGGAAAAUGUUGGGUGUUGUAUGUAUAUUCUAUAUCAAUAAAAAUAAUAUUUAUGUAUUUCUUUGCAUUUAAUGAUGAUUUUUUUUUAGCAGAUAUGACUAAGGAUUAUUAUAAUAAGUGUUUAAUAUUUAUUCUAUUAAAUCUAAGUACAUUAAUAUAUACAGCAUUAUCUAUAAAAUCAUAUAAGCAAUUAUAUCAAGAUGAUAUAACUAUAUCAAAUGAAAAACUAUUUCAUAAUGAUUUAAUAUUACAUGUAGUAAUUGAUUUGUUUGAUAUGUUUGAAUUAUUAUUCACAUUAGUUAAAUUAUCAUAUAUUAUAAAAAAUACAAAUUUUUGGAUUAAAAUUAUAGGAGGGGUCUUAAUUUCCUUUUCUUUAUAUUUAAAUGCUUAUUCAUUUCCAAUCAUUUCAAUUGUAAGAGAAAAAAAUAAUAAAAAUUUAGAUCUAGGAGAUAUAUAUUUUUGUAAAAAACAUGCAGCGAUGAUUGGAAUUAUAUUAGUAGAUAUUCCUUUUAUGAUUCUAAGAUUUUAUUUUCUUGCAUUCUUUUUUUCUAAUGUCCAUUUUCAACCACUCCUAAUUAAAAAUAUAUGUUUUAUACCUAUUAAAUGUAAAGCUAUAAAAAAUUGUAACCUAAUAUUUCAACAGAUGAAGAAAAAUAUUCAUCAUACAGAGAAUCAUACAAAUAAUAAAUAUAUCAACUCUCAACAAACUAGGAAUUAUGACACCUACUUUGAAAAUGCAGACAAAAAAAAAAAUAUGCCCUUGUUAAAAAAGAACUCUUUUUUAUAUAAUAAUAAUGCAUUCCUUUCGUUCAGUGGAGCCUUGAGAAAUUCCUUGGAAAUGCGAUCCAUAUCGUCUAUAAGAAAUGAAAUUAAUAAGAAUAGGGCCUCUAAAGGUCAAGCUAAUAAGGAAAUGGUGCAACUGAAGGACAUCCAAAUGGGGAAUAAUAUAAAGGCGGGAACUCAAACGCGGCAAAGUGAAACGAAUGUGAGACAAACAAAAUAUAGCCAAACGAAAUAUAGCCAAACGAGCGACAGCAAAACGAGAGACAGAAAAAAGAAAUAUAGCCAAACGAGCGACAGCCAAACGAAAUAUAGCCAAACGAGCGACAGCCAAACGAAAUAUAUCCAAAAUAAUGACCACCAAAUUCACUACCACAAUAUAACAAACGAUAAUCUUUUAAACAAUAAAGACUUCCUUGAAACAAAUAAAUGUUAUGAUAACAAACUCUUGCGCGCAUCUAAUAACAGCAACACACACAACAAUGAUGAUAUAAAAAAAAUGAUAGAAUCGAAUACGACCAAACUUGAAGAGGAUAGAAAUAAUACAAUGCUAGAUAUAAAUGAAUAUAAUAACAAUAGUAAUGAUUUGAAUGAAUAUUUUGAUAGUUUAAUAGAAAAUAAUAUUUUGGCAUAUAGAAAAAUAAAUAUAAAAAAGAAUAAAAUAGGUACGAAAUUUAUUAUGAAUAAAUUAAUGUAUACAAAUGUUUCAAAUAAUGAAAGAUAUAGAUAUUAUUUAGAUGAUAAUUUAAAAGUAUCAUAUAUAAAUCAAUUAAGAUUAAUGAUUCCAUAUAUCACAUAUUGUCUAGGCAAAAUAGCUAUGUCUAUUGUUUUUUAUAUAUUUUAUAUCAAGUUUGAUAUAAGCUAUUUAAAAUUAAUAUUAACAGAUUAUAAAAUGUAUUUUAAAUUAUUUGAACAUAAAAAUAUCAUAUUUAUUGUUUCCUUUUCUAUAAUAUUAGGAAAUACAAUCAUAUCAUUCUUUUCAUUUAUUUUCUUAUCUUCUUUUUUUGAAGUAUUAUUAUCAACAUUAUUUAUAUUUAUUAAAUGUAUCUCAGAAUUUCUAUUCCUUCUAUUAUUAGUAUACAAUGAAGUAUUCGAAAUAUUUCUUAGAAAUAUUAAACAGCCAGAUAAAUAUGCUUCCUACUUCUUUCUAACAUUUUCUGUUAUUCCUUCAUUUAAAAUUAUUGCAAAUAUUUAUUUUUUUCUAUGUGCUCUAUCAGGACGACAGUUUAUAGCAUAUAUUAUCAGACCUUUUAUCAAAGAAAAAAAUAUGAGUAAAUUACCAAACUUUUUUAAUCUAAAAGAAUAUAAUAAUAAUAAUCAUAAUAAUAAUAACAACAACAAUAAUAAUAAUAAUAAUAUUUUUUCACACAGUAUGAACUAUUUAAAUGAAGAUUAUUAUUUAUUUAAUAAUAAUGAAAUGCAUACAAAAAAUACAGUCAAAGGAGAUUAUAAAGGAUUUAUAUCUAUCGCUUCUUUACUUAUAUAUAUUAAUACAAAAUACAUGCAUGGAUUAGCUUCCUUAUCAACCUUAAUGUUAGGAAAUAAUUUUGUGAAAAAUUUAAGACUAAAUUAUAAUUUAAGAAAUAAUCAUAUACUAUUUUUAUUUAUUAAUUUCUUUACAAGAUUAUCAUUAUUAUUAUUUGUUUAUGUGCAUUAUAAAACAAGUGAUCAAUUAUAUGAAUAUGUAGAAUAUUUCUAUUAUCUAGUCACUUUUAUAUUCAUAUUAGAUUUUAUUUUUAAAUGUAUCUAUAUGUUCAUAUCACAUAAUUUAAGAUUAUGUGCAGCAUAUCACUUAGAAUUAAAAUCUAUCUAUGAAGACAUUUAUUAUCAUAGCCAAAUUAAAAAGGAAUCAUCAAAAAUAUACUUAAAACAUCUAUAUAAUAAAUAUCAAACCAACAAUUUUUAUUACUACAACAUACCUCUCUUUUCAGAAUUUUUAUGA